AUGCACAAGAAACCCGAAGCCCCUGAGAAGCAGGAGAAUGAAGUUGAUGCGGAGCUUUGUAUGGUGGAGAGUGAGAUAGGCGAGAUUACCAAGCAUAGUUCGCGGAUCUAUGAUGCAUCGGGCAAAGUGUUGAUUUCGCCACGUCCGUCUAAUGCCUUGGAAGACCCCCUAAACAUGCUUCUUUGGAAGAAAUGGGUCUUUUUAGUAGCUCUCAGUGUCUGGUCUGGAGUUGCACUAAGCUCCCAGUCAUUUUUUGCUAGUUUCCUGCCACAGAUCCAAGAAAGAUUCCCGGCGGAGUCUACUUCGAAUAUCAAUCUUCUUUUCACCAUCAACGGGCCUCUAAUCGCGCCAGCUGAUAUCUUACUCUUUAUCUCUGCAGGAAUGUUUGGCACUCGACCUACAUUCCUUGUUGCGAUGCUGAUCUUCGUGAUAUCAAACAUCCUCGCUGCAGCAUCGACCACAUAUACUGCUCUGUUGGUUUCUCGCAUCCUUAACGGAAUUGCUACAGCGCCAACGGAUGCAUUACAAUUUUAUCUCCUUGAGAAGACGGUAUUCGUUCACGAGAGAGGUUUGUUCCUGGCGCUAAUAAAUAGCGUCGGAGGGACAUUGCAACUUCUUUUGAACAUUGCAAGCUCAUAUGUGGCAACUCUGGUUGGCAUGAGUUGGGCAUUUGCCAUUUACUCUAUCUUGAGCGGAAUUUGUCUCAUUAUUUUUUGGCUGACGAUGCCUGAGCUGAACUAUGCGAGGGAUCCCGACAACCUUGCGAUCCCCAUGUCUGUCGAGGAACAUCAGAUCUUUGCGGCAGCGCUACAUAAGGAGUCUCAACUAAGCCACCUUCACUUUAGUCCUCUUGCCACUGGGAAGGAUCAGCUAGAAGCCCGAACUACACUCUCACACAACCUCGGUAUUUUGCUCAGCGCAGUGUCCUCUCCCGCUGUCUGGUGGAUGGGCGCCUGCCAGACAGUAUUUUUUGGAGGUUACAGUGCAAUGUGCAACUACUACUCGUCGAUGUUACAAUCCCCACCUUGGUCUUGGCCAGCGCAAAAUGUUAGCCUUAUCAACUUCAUCGCUGUUCCCCUGGGUGGACUUCUUUAG